GCCUCCGCCGCAGUCCUUGGCGCCAGAGAGACCGCAGCAUCCUAGCGCUAGAGUCUUCUCUGCUCGCUCCAGGUCCAUCCCUUGUCCUCUGCCUCUUCUGGCGCCAUGGCGAAGCCGUUGACGGACAGUGAGAGGCAGAAGCAGAUCAGCGUGCGUGGCAUCGCGGGGCUGGGCGACGUGGCCGAGGUGCGGAAGAGCUUCAACAGGCACCUGCAUUUCACGCUGGUCAAGGACCGCAAUGUGGCCACGCCCCGCGACUACUUCUUCGCUCUGGCACACACAGUGCGCGACCACCUAGUGGGCCGUUGGAUCCGCACGCAGCAGCAUUACUACGAGCGGGACCCCAAGCGCAUCUAUUACCUUUCCCUGGAAUUCUACAUGGGCCGCACGCUGCAGAAUACCAUGGUGAACCUGGGCCUUCAGACUGCAUGUGAUGAAGCCACUUAUCAGCUGGGAUUGGACUUGGAAGAACUAGAGGAGAUAGAAGAGGAUGCUGGCCUUGGGAAUGGCGGCCUGGGGCGGCUGGCAGCCUGCUUCCUCGAUUCGAUGGCCACCCUGGGGCUAGCUGCGUACGGCUAUGGAAUCCGCUAUGAAUUUGGGAUUUUCAACCAAAAGAUUGUCAAUGGCUGGCAGGUUGAAGAAGCUGAUGACUGGCUACGCUACGGAAACCCAUGGGAGAAGGCACGGCCGGAGUACAUGCUGCCGGUGCACUUCUACGGGAGGGUGGAGCACACCCCUGACGGGGUCCUCUGGCUGGACACACAGGUGGUACUGGCCAUGCCCUACGACACCCCAGUGCCUGGGUAUAAGAACAACACGGUCAACACCAUGAGGCUCUGGUCUGCCAAAGCACCCAAUGACUUCAAGCUGAAGGACUUCAAUGUUGGGGACUACAUCGAAGCUGUCCUGGACAGGAACUUGGCUGAGAACAUCUCCAGGGUCCUGUAUCCCAAUGACAAUUUCUUCGAGGGGAAGGAGCUGCGACUGAAGCAGGAGUACUUUGUGGUGGCUGCCACCCUCCAGGACAUCAUUCGAAGGUUCAAGUCUUCCCGGUUUGGCUGCCGGGACCCAGUGAGAACCUGUUUCGAGACGUUCCCAGACAAGGUAGCCAUCCAGUUGAAUGACACCCACCCCGCGCUCUCCAUCCCUGAGCUCAUGCGGAUCCUGGUGGACGUGGAGAAGGUAGACUGGGAUAAGGCCUGGGAGAUCACCAAGAAGACCUGUGCCUACACCAACCACACGGUGCUGCCCGAGGCCCUGGAGCGCUGGCCAGUGUCUAUGUUUGAGAGGCUGCUUCCUCGGCACCUGGAAAUAAUCUAUGCCAUCAACCAGAGGCACUUGGAUCACGUGGCUGCCCUGUUUCCUGGCGAUGUGGACCGACUGAGGAGGAUGUCCGUGAUUGAGGAAGGGGACUGCAAGAGAAUCAACAUGGCACACCUGUGUGUGAUUGGGUCCCAUGCUGUGAAUGGGGUGGCAAGGAUUCACUCUGACAUUGUGAAGCAGUCUGUCUUUAAGGACUUUUACGAACUGGAGCCAGAGAAGUUCCAGAACAAGACUAACGGCAUCACGCCCCGACGGUGGCUGCUGCUGUGUAACCCGGGGCUGGCAGAAAUCAUUGUAGAGAGAAUCGGGGAAGGUUUCCUGACUGAUCUGAGCCAACUGAAGAAGCUGCUGUCACUGGUUGAUGAUGAGGCCUUCAUCAGAGACGUAGCCAAGGUUAAGCAGGAAAACAAGCUGAAGUUCUCUGCCCAGCUAGAGAAGGAGUACAAGGUGAAGAUCAACCCUGCUUCCAUGUUUGAUGUGCACGUGAAGAGGAUCCACGAAUAUAAGCGACAACUGCUCAACUGCCUGCACAUUAUCACCCUGUACAACCGAAUAAAGAAGGACCCAGCCAAGGCCUUUGUGCCCAGGACUGUUAUGAUUGGGGGCAAGGCAGCUCCUGGUUACCACAUGGCUAAGAUGAUCAUCAAGCUGGUCACAUCCAUUGGAGAUGUUGUCAAUCAUGAUCCAGUUGUGGGCGACAGGCUCAGAGUGAUCUUCCUGGAGAACUACCGUGUGUCUUUAGCUGAGAAAGUGAUCCCAGCAGCUGACCUGUCACAGCAGAUCUCCACUGCAGGCACUGAAGCCUCGGGCACAGGCAACAUGAAGUUCAUGCUCAAUGGAGCACUCACCAUCGGCACCAUGGAUGGUGCCAACGUGGAGAUGGCUGAGGAGGCUGGGGAGGAGAACCUCUUCAUCUUUGGUAUGCGGGUGGAAGAUGUUGAGGCCCUGGACCAGAAAGGGUACAAUGCCAGAGAAUUCUACGAGCGCCUGCCUGAGCUGAGGCAGGCUGUGGAUCAGAUCAGCAGUGGCUUCUUUUCUCCCAAAGAUCCAGACUGCUUCAAGGAUGUGGUUAACAUGCUGAUGUACCAUGACAGAUUCAAGGUCUUUGCAGACUAUGAAGCCUACAUCCAGUGCCAGGCCCAGGUGGACCAUCUGUACCGGAAUUCCAAGGAGUGGACUAAAAAGGUGAUCAGGAAUAUAGCCUGCUCUGGCAAGUUCUCCAGUGACCGGACCAUCACUGAAUAUGCCCGGGAGAUCUGGGGUGUAGAGCCCUCUGACCUGCAGAUCCCACCCCCCAACCUCCCCAAGGACUAAUUAUUCCACACAGUGAGACCAGUGGCUUGCUUAGCCGACUGUGCCCACGCCAGUCUUCAGGCACUACAAGCAGCCGCUGGUCCCUGCUAUCCGAAGUGCUAUGCUUCCAGAAAGGACCAUGGGGAAUGGUUUUGAGGACCUGGAUAAGGAAGAAGACGUGGCAUCCUCCUGGUUUCUUACAAAAGAACUCUUGCAGAGUUCACAGCACAGAUGGGCAGAGAUGGUCCCCACAGCUUCAGCCCAUCAGCAUCCUCAGAGGCUGGGCAGGGAGGGAGUGGAGCUGAGCCCCUGAAAUCCGCACAUAGCUGAGUGAGCUUAAGCCUUUGGUUUUGGGGUCUGAAUAGGGAUCUGUAGUGAAGCCAGUAUUCCUAUGUUCUGCUAGUACCUGGGUUGUCAGCCAUAAGGUACAGCCAACCCCAGUGUGUGGUCUUGUUGGCCUGCUGGGUGGAACCUUUGCUUCAGGCUUCAUGCUCACAGCUUCCUGUCCUUUGCCCUUGACUGUACUGAGUAUGUGGGUGGUUGAUCCAUAUAGGCCAUGCCUCUAGCCAUCUGUGGAACCCUAUGGGUGUCAAGUAGAACCCAGAACCCCUGGAGAGGAGCACUGGAGAGAGAGAGAUAGAGAUAGAGACCUUUAUCCCGUAACUGAGGCCUUGGUUAAGGACUGGCAAUUUUAUACAAGGUUGGCUUAGUUCUUUGCUUUUUCAACAGGAAUUAACACUUCAUGAGGAACUGAAACUAGCUAAAGCCUUCCUUUCUAGCAAGUAAACCUUGUACUUGGUUCGAUGACUCAGCUGCUGGUCCUACAGAGGGCCCAGUGCCCACUUCGCUACAGCAGCACAGUGAGGAAGACCCACUACAGGAGCCGUGCUCCUCUGAGGGCAGAAUCUGCAUUAAGCGCUGCCCAAAGGAGAGUGCGUUGUCAGAGAAACCACAUAAAGCUAUCCUUCCACAGGCUUCACCACCUUGCACUGCUCUUAUCUGGUUGGGGUGGGCAGGAGAACCCCUCACUCUCCUCACUAUGGGAGCAUUUGCUGGGAAGUGUCUUUUCAGGACUCAAUUCACCGGAGCCACUGUGGUAGCUUGUGGGGUGGGUGGGCAGGUUCAGGUCAUCUGCUGCCCUGUGCAUGAGGUCCCUUGAAGCCACAACACGUGAUCACCCUUCUACUUGCUGUUACCUCCUCGUAUGAGAGAUGGAUUAAACUUCUAUGCCUAUGGUUGGC